AUGGGUAAAAAAAAACAAAAAACUAAAAAAUUAAAUGAACACAAUAAAAAUGAUUCUAAUAAGGAGGAUGAUAACAACAACAAAGAAGAAGAGUCGCCUCAAAUAGAUAAAAUGAAAGAGAGGCUUGAGCGAUUAAAGCAACUCAGAUUAAGAAAGGAUGACGCAGAACAAGCAAAUAGGAAAGAUCUUUACGAAGAGCAUCAACGUAAAAAAACUAAUCCCAAAGAACUUAUUCACAUACAAAGAUUAAGAGAAGAAGCAGAAAAAUUACAAGAAAAACAGGAAGCAAUAGAAAAUGGAGAAGAUUAUGAACGAAAGAAAUUUUGGGAGUACUCAGCAGAAGCUGUAGAAAAAUGGGAAAAGAAACAACAAAAGAAAUUGAAAAGGUCUAAUAUUGCUUUUACGGAUUAUAAUCAAGUUGCACAAAAAAAAUAUAAACGUAUGAUUAAUGAAUUUACACCAGAUAUUACAGGCUAUAAUGAAAAAAAGGCAUUGGCAAUGGCAUCAGCAAGUCAAAUUACAACAGCAGAUGGAGAAGUUGUUGUUGUUGAUGCUGAUUCAAGUUUUUUCAGAGACGCCAAUUCAUUACAAUAUGCAUCUUUAGAUACUAGUCCUAGUCGAGAAGCUGUUGAUAAAGUUGUUAAUGAUGUUAAAAAACAAAUUGAAAAACGAGAUAAAUUUUCACGGCAAAAACCAAUCAACGAAGAAGAAGAUAUUACAUAUAUUAAUGAACGUAAUAGAAGAUUUAAUGAAAAGAUUGCCAGGUUCUAUGAUAAAUAUACUCAAGAAAUCAGAGAGAACUUUGAACGUGGUACUGCAAAACAACAAAAUGAUUUCAGUGGAAUUUUUCAUAAAGAGAAUACCUGGCUAAAGAAAAAUUUGGAGACAAUCGCAAAUAACAAAGAGAAUCAUUUUAACAAUGAACGAGUAGAAUGGGCCCAGAUGUCGCUUUGUAUCUUGAAGAGUCAAAUGUCUGAUCCAAAUGUUGCUAUUUUCUGGAAAGAGAUCGAUCAUCAAAGGGAACUAAAGGAUCAGAUCAAUAUUGCAAGGGCUGAUGGUAUUUUGCACAUCUUCAGAGCAACAAACCAAAGCCAACAACAUGUCAUGAAUAUUCAACAUCAAGACCUUCUUGGUCUGUACCCUCAUGAGGAUAGACAAGAUAAAUUGGCCACAGAUAAAAAAGCCUAUGUUCUAAGAAAAAGGCAAAAUAUAAAUUAUAAUGAAUCACAACCUUCAAAAAAGGUUAAUCAAGACUGUUGUACCAUACCACUACAUGAAGAUGACCUAAUAAACCCUUUUGUUGGUUCAUCCAAGUUUUCAAGAUCUAGUUGGAUCUCAGUUUUUGAUAAAGGACUUCCAAAUUACAAGGAAGGCAUGGAAAUUGAUCCAAAAUUAGUAAUUCAAGAAACUGAUGAAAUUAUGAUUCCCUAUUCUGAAUGUUCUUUUGAUUAUAAUUCAUGGAAGAGUUGGAAAUUGAAGUCUGGGUCAGUAGUUAUUGACUUGUUGAAUAAAGCAUUGAGUGUUGAAGGUCAUCCCCUGAGGCCAGAGGUUUGGGGUAUCAUUCGUUGUGGAUUUAAAAUAGCAAAACCAAAAUGGUGCAAUGCCAAAGAGUAUGCCGAAAUACAAAGUUAUACAAAACAUCCAAGCCUUAAGAAUCCUCCAAAGCACUUUAUCAAACUUUUGAAAGUUUUUAUGGAAAAUUCUAUUUUACAAAAGCCAGAUGUACCAGAAGCAAAUUAUGGAGGUUACUUGAUACAUCCUUGCUUAAAAAAAAUAUUUGUUGAUUCUUAUGAACAAAAAUCAGAUGGAAUAUUUUUUGUAAGGUUAAAAAAAACAUUGAUAGAGGUGGGCCACUUGGAAAUGAGCAGAGGAUACAGACACAAAGAUAUUCCUUGGUCCACAUGGGAUGGUUGUUGUAAACUACCAAUUGGGAAUUCUUAUAUGUUAGAAGAAAUUGGAGAGCAAUUUCGUGGUGGUUCUCCUGAAACUUUUUCAAAAUUAAGAGUUUUUUCAUUGCACACUUAUGUUUUGUUUUACCUUCUGCAUUUCAUAGAGGAUCGGAUUGAAUUAUGGCUGAUGCAUAAUCCGGCUUGUGGUGUUUUGCAAUAUGAACGCUUACAUAAAUUGAUUGUACCAAUUUGUUAUGAAGAACAUUGUAGGCAUAUUUUUGAUUUUGCCAUUCUGUUUUGGGAUCUCAAGUGUGGAUUGUUGGAAACUUCAAAAAUAAUAUUUCAAUUGCGAGAUGAGAACAACAAUAAUUUAUUCAAAUCAUCAAAGCUUUCUGGAAGUCUCCCAUCAUAUCCAUUCACUCCAAAUAAAGACAAGCACAAAAUCAGGAUUAAAGAUACAAAUGAAGAUAGUGAUCCUGAUGGUUCUCCAAUUUGA